CUCGGUCGUCGGCAGUGGCUGUGGCACGGACAGGGGCAGCACCCUCAGGCACCGCGCAGGAAUGCUGAGAGUGUUCAUUCUCCACGCAGAAAAUGUGUACACGCCGGACACGGACAUCAGCGACAGCUACUGCUCGGUGGUCUUCGAAGGAGUUAAGAAGAAAACCAAAGUGAUCAAGAAUAAUGCAAAUCCCAUUUGGAAUGAGGGCUUCGACUGGGAGCUUAAAGGGGUUCCCUUGGAUCACAAUUCAGAGCUCUACGCCACCGUUAAAGACCACGAGACGAUGGGGAGGAACAGGCUCCUGGGCCAGGUCAGGUUGUCGCUGCGCGAGUUACUUACUUCUCCCCACAUGAUGGCCACAUAUAACGCCCCACUCCAGGAUAACAAGAAGCAGAACACAGGGGCCAUUUUAACCUUGCAGGUAACAUACUUUCCUCCACCUGGAUCUGUUCAAGUAGCUCCUCCUGUAACCCCAAAAGAACCCACGCCUUCUCUGAAUGAGCUGGACUCGGUCACGGAUACGCUAGGUGAAGAGGACACAGAAGACCAGAUUAUGACUGGAGAUGAGGGGGACAGAAUUUCUCUUUACCCUGGUGGAGUGGAGCCACCAUCUCUUCCCAAAAAACCACCACAUUUCCCUGUCCAAGAGCCGAAGAGAAAGAAGACCGCCUCAAAGAAACUCUUGUCAAACAAACCUCAGGACUUUCAAAUCCGUGUCCGAGUGAUUGAAGGACGGCAGAUUCCGGGUGUAAAUAUCAAACCGGUUGUCAAGGUGACGGUCGCUGGACAGACCAAGAGAACUCGGAUACGAAAAGGGAAUAACCCAUUUUUUGAUGAGACAUUUUUCUUCAAUUUCUUCGAAUCUCCAUCUGAUCUCUUCGAUGAGCCCGUCUUCCUGACCGUCUUUGAUUCCCGGUCUCUUCGGACCGACUGCAUUGUUGGUGAAUUCCGGAUGGACGUUGGGAUGAUUUACGCUGAAUCAAAACAUGCCUAUUUAAAAAAAUGGCUGCUUCUCUCGGACCCCGAGGAUUUCUCUGCUGGGGGUAAAGGAUACCUCAAGGUCAGCAUAAUUGUCCUCGGACCUGGAGAUGAAUGCCCUAUGGAUAAGAAGGAGCUCAUCGAAGACAAGGAGGAUAUCGAAGGGAAUUUGCUGCGGCCUGCGGGGGUGUCCCUCCGAGGUGCUCUGCUCACCCUGCGCAUCUACAGAGCCGAGGAUCUGCCACAGAUGGACGAUGCCGUGAUGGACACCAUCAAGCAGAUCUUUGGCGCCGACAGCAACAAGAAGAACUUGGUGGAUCCUUUUGUCGAGAUCAGUUUUGCUGGGAAAACGCUUUGCACUAAAAUCAUAGAGAAGAACGCCAACCCUCAAUGGAACCAGAGCAUCACGUUGCCCAUCAGGUUCCCAUCUAUGUGCGAAAGGAUGAAAAUUAGGCUGACGGACUGGGAUCGAAUGACUCACAAUGAUAUCAUCGGCACCACGUAUCUAAGCAUGUCCCACGUCUCGGCCCCGGGCGGGGAGCUGGAAGCCGACGGCAACGUGGGAUUCCUCCCGACCUACGGUCCCUGCUACGUCAAUCUAUACGGCAGCCCCCGGGAAUUCACGGGCUUCCCUGACCCCUAUGAAGAUCUGAACAUGGGGAAGGGAGAAGGAGUCGCGUAUCGCGGACGCGUCCUGGUGGAACUGGAGACCAAGCUGGUGGAACAGGCUGAGCAGAAGGUCGCCGACAUACAUUCAGACGACGUCUUGCGCGUUGAGAAAUACCUCCGUCGACGAAAGUAUUGCCUGUUUGCCUCGUUCUACUCGGCCACCAUGCUUCAAGAUGUAGAUGACGCCAUUCAGUUUGAGGUCAGCAUCGGCAACUACGGCAACAAGUUUGACACCACGUGCCUGCCGUUUGCCUCCACGACGCAGUACAGCAGGGCAGUGUUUGACGGCUGCCAGUAUUACUAUCUACCAUGGGGCAACGUCAAGCCGGUGGUUGUCCUCUCUUCGUACUGGGAAGAUAUCGGGUACCGCACAGAAACUCAGAAUAUUCUCCGGUACAUCGUGGACAACCUGGAAGCUAACUUGGAACGUGUCAACCUCGCAGUCAAGGCAAAGACUUCUCCGUAUGACCUGGACUCCUUGGUAGCGCUCCUGAUUGAUGACAUCAUAACCAGCUGCAGCGAGCCCCUUCCUGAUGUCCUGUCUAUUCCUCAAUCCACACAUCUGGAUCACUGCUUGUACCGGUCCCGUAAGACCAGCCUUGCGCAGAUAGUGAGCGCUGCAGAGAAGAUCAAAAAUGAGGAGUGUGAACUGGCGAAUGUCCUGGAACAAGCCGAAGACUGGCUUAUAAAAUUGAAGGACAUGGCCGAGGAGCCGCAGAAUAGUCUGCCAGACAUCGUGAUCUGGAUGUUACGAGGAGACAAGCGAGUGGCUUAUUACCGCAUGCCAGCCCACCAAGUCCUUUACUCCAGGAACGGAACCAAAUAUUGUGGCAAGAACUGCGGGAAACUUCAGACAAUAUUUCUAAAAUUCCCCCAGGAAGGAAACGCCUGCGCCAAGAUGCCAGCCCAGCUGCGGGUCCAGCUCUGGUUCGGGCUGUCUGUCGAUCAGAAGGAAUUCAGCCAAUUCGUCGAGGGGAAGCUGACUGUUUUUGCAGAAACUUACGAGAACCAGACCAAACUGGCACUUUUGGGAAACUGGGGGACAACCGGGCUGACGUACCCCAAGUACACGGAUGUGACCGGAAAAAUCAAGCUGCCCAAGGAGAGCUUCAAACCGUCCGUCGGCUGGACCUGGGGCGGCGACUGGUUCAUCAGCCCCGAGAAGACGUUGCUGCACGAUAUCGAUGCCGGUCACAUGAGCUUUGUGGAAGAAGUGUUCGAAAACCAAGUUAGGCUACCGGGCGGACAAUGGAUUCACAUGAGUGAGGCCUACUCAGACGUGAACGGAGAAAAAGUUCUUCCAAAAGAUGAGAUCGAAUGCCCGCCGGGGUGGAACUGGGAGGAUGAAGAAUGGUCAACGGACACCAACCGAGCUGUGGAUGAACAGGGCUGGGAGUACGGCACCACCAUCCCGCCGAACCAAAAGCCCAAAUCCUGGGCGCCCGCCGAGAAGAUGUAUCACACCAACCGCAGGAGGCGUUGGGUCCGACUGCGCAGGAGAGACCCCAAGCAGAUCGAAAUCCUGAAGAAGCACAAGCCGGACGAGUCGGAGUGCGAGGGGUGGGAGUACGCCAACCUUUUCGGGUGGAAGUUCCAUCUGAAUUAUCGCAAGAUGGACAUUUUCCGGAGAAGGCGUUGGAGGCGCCGCAUGGAACCCUUACAGCAGCUGGGGGCGGCCGCCAUAUUCGCUUUGGAGGGAACUCUGGGAGGUGUAACGGAUGAUAAAAGCGACGAUGGGAAAUCUGCCGGCGCCUUCAGCUUUGGGGUCAACAGACCUACAAUAUCUUGCAUAUUUGAUUACGGGAACCGCUAUCACCUGCGCUGCUACCUCUACCAAGCCCGGGACCUCUUGCCCAUGGACAAGGACAGCUUCUCGGAUCCGUACGCCAUUGUGUCCUUCCUCCAUCAGAGCCAAAAAACGGUGGUGGCGAAGAACACCUUGAACCCCACGUGGGAUCAGACGCUCAUCUUCUACGAAAUCGAAAUCUUUGGAGAUCCUGCAACGGUUGCCGCUCUUCCUCCUGACAUCGUGGUGGAAAUCUAUGACCACGACACUUACGGGGCCGACGAGUACAUGGGACGCUGUAUUUGUAAACCAACCCUGAAACGCUCCCCGAAAUUAUCCUGGCAUCCGGUAACAAAAGGAGGAAAAACCGCUGGGGAAUUGCUCGCCGCUUUUGAGCUAAUCCAGAGGGAAAAGCCAACUCUGCAUCAUGUUCCCGGAGCGGAGGAUGAGGUUUCUGGUGUUCUGAGCGAGCUGUUAAUACCAGCUUUCAUCACGGAGAAACGUCCUGACUGGUCUGCAGAUACGGACCUUCCUUACCCUCCACCCCAGAAAGGAAACAACAUUUUCAUGAUUCCGCAGGGAAUCAAACCCAUCCUCCAACGCACCGCCAUUGAGGUGUUGGCGUGGGGGCUGAGGAACCUCAAGAGCUACCAGAUGGCCAGCGUGACCUCUCCCAGCCUGGUGGUGGAGUGCGGGGACGGGAUCGUCCAGUCCUGUGUCCUCAAACACUUCAAGAGGAAUCCCAACUUUGAAGACUGUGUUCUCUUCAUGGAAGUGAGAUUGCCCCGAGAAGAACUGUACUGCCCCCCGAUUAUAGUGAAAGUCAUUGACAAUCGCCCUUUCGGUAGGAAGCCCGUGGUGGGGCAAUGCACCAUCAAAACCAUCGAGGAGUUCCACUGUGAGCCUGACGGGGAAGACGUCGAUCCUGAUGAAGGGCAGAUGGAUUACACAAGCAUUACUCCGAGGGAUGACAUCAUCAUUAAUAUCGAUGACACAGAACCACUCAUACCGACUCAGGAGGAAGAAUCCAUCGACUGGUGGAGCAAGUUCUACGCUUCUAUCGGGGAGAAGGCAAAAUGCGGAACUUACCUAGAGAAAGGAUACGACACCCUGCCGGUAUUUGACACAGAGCUGGAGAACAUAGAUGACUACGACGGGCUGACGGACUUUUGCAGAACAUUCAAGCUCUACCGAGGGAAGACUCAAGACGAAGCCGAAGACCCUUCUUCAGUCGGGGAGUUCAAGGGAUCUUUUAAAAUCUAUCCACUGCCUGAUGAUCCAUCAGAGCCAAUGCCCCCUCGCCAGUUCCAGCAUCUGCCAGCCAAGGGUCUUCAGGAGUGCCUGGUCCGUGUUUAUAUCGUACGUGCCUUCGGACUGCAACCGAAAGACGCCAACGGCAAGUGUGACCCCUAUGUCAAAAUAUCCAUAGGAAGAAAGUCAGUUAAUGACCAAGAGAACUACAUCCCGUGUACCCUGGAACCUGUGUUUGGAAAAAUGUUCGAGUUGACUUGUACCCUGCCUUUGGAGAAGGACCUGAAGAUCACUCUCUAUGACUACGACGUGAUGUCGAAAGAUGAAAAGAUCGGGCAGACCGUCAUAGACCUGGAGAACCGUUUGGUUUCCAAGUACGGCGCGAGAUGCGGCCUACCUCAGACGUACUGCACAUCCGGACCCAACCAAUGGAGAGACCAACUACGACCUUCUCAACUUCUACAGAUCUUCGCCCAACAACGCAACUGUAAGCCUCCGGUCUACCGAGACAACAGCAUAAUAUUCCGGAAUGAAGAGUAUUACCUCGCUGACUUUGAGGACGGCAAAUUCCCGAAUCCCCACCUGGGACCCCCAGAAGAACGCUUGGCUCUACACGUUCUGCGAAUACAAGGCCUGGUGCAUGAACACGUGGAGACCAGGUCCCUGUACAGCCCUCUGCAGCCCGACAUAGAACAGGGAAAAUUGCAAAUGUGGGUUGACCUAUUCCCCAAGGCUUUAGGUCCCCCUGGCCCACCGUUCAAUAUCACUCCGCGGAAACCAAAAAGGUUUUAUUUGCGCUGCAUUGUCUGGAAUGCUAAAGAUGUGAUCUUGGACGACGUCAGCAUCACGGGAGGGAAGAUGAGCGAUAUCUACGUCAAGGGCUGGCUGAUAGGCUGCGAAGAAAAUAAACAGAAGACAGAUGUGCACUACAGGUCCAUGGGAGGCGAAGGCAACUUUAACUGGCGGUUUGUGUUCCCCUUUGAUUACCUCCCAGCCGAGCGGCUCUGCUCUGUGUCUAAGAAGGAUCAUUUCUGGAGCAUGGACAAGACAGAAAGUAAAGUCCCCCCGAACUUAAUGUUCCAGAUUUGGGACAAUGAUAAGUUCUCAUUUGAUGACUAUUUAGGUUCCGUGCAGCUCGACCUCAACCAAAUGCCUCGGCCGGCAAAAACAGCCGAAAAGUGCACGCUGGACCUGCUGGACGAGUCUCACAAAGACGACGGCUGGGUGUCCUUGUUUGAGCAGAAGACGGUGAAAGGCUGGUGGCCCUGCGUCGGGAUGGACGGAGACAAGACCAUCCUCGCUGGGAAAUUAGAGCUGACUCUGGAAAUUGUUUCGGAUAAAGAAUGCGAGGAAAGACCAGCGGGGAACGGCCGAGAGGAGCCGAACAUGAACCCCAAACUCGAGGAGCCCAAGCGGCCGGAGACUUCGUUCUUCUGGUUCACCUCCCCGUACAAGACUCUAAAAUACAUCCUGUGGAGGAGAUAUAAAUGCGUCAUCUUCAUUGGACUCGUCCUCUUACUUCUAAUCCUGUUCCUUGGAAUCUUUUUGUACUCGUUCCCGAAUUACGCCGCCAUGAAGCUUGUGAAGCCCUUCUGAGACGCGAAGCGCCGCCGAGAGAAUAUUCACCGCCCGCCAAUCAAAGCUUCAGCCGGAUAGCCAUUGAACAGGCUGGUGUGUGUGUGCGAGCGAGCAGUGAACAUGCGCUGCUCACCGCGCCCCCGCUGCUCUUAGAAUGGGGGUAUCUGGGAUGUGCCCGGGAGGUAACUGUCUAUAAAACAUAAUCAUUUAUUAUCGUUAUCACACAAGACAUUUCAUAGCCAUCCGCGAAAUAACUGGAAACGUGGACUGUGACUCUCACAACGCUCAGCCAGCCUCUCGUCCAGCUGCCUGCUUUCAUUACGUUCUAUUAACCCCUUAAUGACAAAGCCCGUACAUGUAUGGGCUCACAAUGCAUUGGUUUUAAUGGGUUUAAGGACAACCCAUUGUCCUUAAGGGGUUAAUCAGCGUCUCAGUUAUGCCAUU